AUUAGUAAAGGCCAUUUCUGGCCUUAUUUUCUACCUUCUCGAUCAAGACACCUAUCGUAGCAAAACUGUUAUUUUGGACAAUGCCAAAGCUGUCGGAGUUCUUCAGCAGAUACUGAGGUUUGUGAAAGAAUGGAGUCACCUAACAGCAAUGAAACAGAAGGUGGUCAGAAAAAGUGGUCAGAUAUUUUGUAGUCCUAUUCAUGCUGCAGAGGAGCUGUCUAAAAAGCAGUCAGUGGUCAGCAGCACAAAAAGGUAUGUGACCAAGGAGGACGUAGCAGCAGCUUCACUUAGCAAAGCUAGCAGCAGCGGGGGCAGUGUGCGCCUCAUCUCCAAAGAAAGUGGGGUUUGUCUGAAGAACGAAAAUGCUUCUGUUGAACAAUCAGCUCCUCAUUCAGAGCAGACGGACGGGGAAGGCUCCUCCCUGUCCAAAGGCUAUUUGCAAGCCUUGGACAGCCAAGGGAACCCGCUCUGCCUCAGCUGUCAACAGCCAACAGCUCAGCUUGAGCCAGGCUGCCAGGCCCGUGCUUGGGACACGCGAUUCUGCUCUCAUGCCUGCCAGGAGGACUUCUCGAUUCGCUCUAGUCAGAGCUACCUUCGGACUAAAGUGUUUGAAAUUGAACACGGUGUUUGCCAGUUUUGUCAUCAAAACGCCCAGGAGCUUUAUCUCAGCAUCAGAGAUGCGCCUAAGAGUCGCCGUAAGAAACUUCUGGAGAGUUCUUGGAUGUCUCACCUUCCACUUGGGCAGUUGAAUGAAAUUAUAACAAACCCGACAGAAGGCCAGUUCUGGCAAGCAGACCACAUCAAGCCCGUUUACAGUGGAGGAGGACAGUGCUCCCUGGAAAACCUUCAAACGCUGUGUACGGUCUGCCACAGAGAGAGAACUGCCAAACAGGCCAAGGAAAGAAGCCAGAUGAAGAGACGUUCUUUAGCUACAAAGUACGGCUGUGAUAUCACAAAAUUUUUUGUGAAGAUGUAA